AUGUUGGCAGUGGCUGUGAGGGCGCUCCUGGGCUUGGGUCGGCCCUACACUGCCUCCGCCAACGGCGCCCUAUAUUCAGCUAAGCAAGUGUUCAACGAAGAAAACAUGAAAAUGACGACAGCAAAGUUUGCCAGCUUGAAACCGAUAAGAAUGCACGCUAGGCAGCCUUCAAAGAGAGCAGCUGUGCUCAUACCACUGUGUGAAGUUAAUGGAAAGGUGUCGCUUCUCUACACACUAAGGACGGUCCAUUUGAAGUCUCACAGAGGACAGGAAACUAAAAUUAUGGAUAAAAAGAAGAAACCCAGUGGUGCAUUUAAACGCAAACAACGCCAAGAAAGAGAAGAAGGUAAACAAAAAUUGCCCAAAAUUGACAAAUUUUUUAGUCACGCUUCUGGAAGUAUGUCUGGACAAAAUAUUUCUAUUGAUAGUGAAUCAAAUAAUGUGGUAACUGCAGUGUUGGUUGAGAAUCCUACUGAAGAAGAUGCAACAAUUAUUGCAGUUGAAGAUACCUCCGCUGCCGAUCAUGUGAACGUGGAUGAUGUUUGUAUGGUCAGCUUUCCUGGCGGCAUGCAAGACAUCGAAGAUAAAACUUUAGAAGAAACUGCUUUACGAGAAACAAAAGAGGAAUUAGGAAUUGAGCCUAAUCAAAUUGAUAUUUGGGGCAGUGGUAACUUGAUUGUUACUAGAACGUCGACUAGCGUGCUACCAGUUAUUGGAAGGGUUAAGGGAGUUUUGAAAUUACACAAGUUGAAAGUGAACCAAGACGAAGUAGAAGAGGUAUUUGCAGUACCACUGGAAAAUCUUUGCCAUUCGGAUUGCUUGGGUUACACGCAGUUUCGUGGUGCCUACUCCAUGCCUGUGUUCACUGGAGGACAGCAAAGGAUCUGGGGAUUGACCGCGCUGAUUACGUAUAUGCUGCUCAGUUCCUUGCUACCCCAACAAGCGUACUCGCAUAAAAUUAAGUAUGUGCCGCCUAUAAUGAACCUCAAACAGCCUCUUGUAUGAUGUACGAGUAUUUUGGUUGUACAUGAGACUUCAUCAAAUUCGCUGUUAUUGUUAUAAGAUAAACCAGAGGACCUCAAAUUAUAAGUAUUCUAACCACCUUUGCCUUCACUUUGACUUCAAGAAUGAUGAUUUCACGAAUGCAGAAUCCCUCUAGAAUUUUUACUUGUUUAAUUUGGGCUCUUAGCUUACGUACAUUUGUAGUUAUACUAAACUUAAAACAAAAAAUUUGAUUUCAUAUUCGAAUAAUUGUAAUAACAUGGUUAUAUGAGGGGUACUAUGUCUUGUAGGAGUUGGGAGUAAUUAUGUAAUAUUAUAUACAUGUACUUUGAUACGGUCUUAUUUGCAGCACUCAGUUGAUUAUAUACCUCUUUAACGAGUGGAAUAAAUCCCUCGAACGUUGGGGUGAACUUUCGGUUUGCAUAAACCUGUCUCAUUGGAUAGAAUCCCUCAAGAUCCACAUCCUGGUACAUAGGAUCAUUAUUAAGAGGAGAGGCCUUUGUUGAUUUCUUAUUGGGCUCUAAACUCUUAUCCUUCGUCUGUACUGGUUUAGCCACCGUAGCUGUGACUGUCUGUGGGGGGGCUCGAUUCUGUGAGGCUUCGGUUUGAGUUGGUGUUCGCGCACCUCCUCUACCUUGUGGGCCUCCUCGACCACCACGACCUCUGGUUCCCCUACCGCGGGUUUGGCCACCUCUCGACUGCGACGCGGGCGCUAACUGAGCUGCUCCAUCAUCCAGUGAAUCGGUUGCAUUCUUCUGUGUGCUCAUUGUUUUGUGCGUUCGCUGAACGUUAUAACACCUUAGUAAAAUAGAUAGAGAUAGAACAGACCAAGGGAUGAUAGAGGAAUGCGUCGGCAGCGGGCACUUGUUUAAAAAUCUCCUGCGACAUUCCCAGAUCGCUCAGAAUUCGGUAUCCCGAAUUACCGUACCAUCUGAAUG